AUGGUGAGGUUCAACCUGAUGACGAGGAACACGGACAUGCGCUGGCGCCUGCCGCUGGUGUGCCUCCUCUGGGAGACGGCCAUGAUCAUCCUCUUUGGGGUCUUCGUGCGCUUCAACCCAGAAGCUGAUGCUGCUGGCUGGCUGCAGGAGAAGUACGAGAAGAACCUCAGCAGUGACGCGGAGAACGACUUCUACUUCAGAUACCCGUCCUUCCAAGAUGUCCAUGUGAUGAUUUUUGUGGGCUUCGGCUUCCUCAUGACGUUCCUUCAGCGCUACGGCUUCGGAGCCGUCGGCUUCAACUUCCUCCUGGCCGCCUUUGGGAUUCAGUGGGCUAUUCUGAUGCAGGGCUGGUUCCACACCUUUGAGAAUGGGGAGAUACUCAUUGGGAUUCAAAGCUUGAUCGGCGCCGACUUCUGCGUGGGUUCUGUCUGCAUCGCCUUCGGCGCUCUCCUGGGCAAAGUCAGCCCCGUUCAGGUCCUCAUCAUGACUUUGUUUCAAGUCACUUUCUUCUCGGUGAACGAGUACAUCCUGCUGGACCUGCUCCAUGUUAAAGAUGCUGGCGGAUCGAUGACCAUCCAUACUUUUGGGGCCUACUUUGGGCUAACGGUAACCGCCAUCUUGUAUCGACCCAACCUGGAUCAGACCAAAGACAAGCAGGGUUCCGUCUACCACUCGGACCUCUUCGCCAUGAUCGGCACCUUGUUCCUAUGGAUGUACUGGCCCAGCUUCAACUCAGCCAUCUCCAAUCGCGGGGACGCACAGCACCGGGCCGCCAUCAACACCUACUGCUCCCUGGCAUCCUGCGUCCUCACCACUGUGGCCUUUUCCAGCGUGCUGGAAAAGAAGGGCAGGCUAAAUAUGGUCCACAUCCAGAAUGCCACCCUGGCAGGGGGCGUGGCUGUCGGGACUGCCGCAGAGAUGAUGCUGACCCCGUAUGGUUCCCUCAUUGUCGGUUUUAUCUGUGGCAUUGUGUCCACCGUUGGGUACGUCUUCGUCACGCCUUUCUUAGAGUCCAGGCUGCGUAUCCAAGACACGUGCGGCGUCCACAACCUACACGGCAUGCCGGGGCUAAUUGGGGGCAUCGUGGGAGCCAUCACAGCUGCCGCUGCCACCGAGGGAGUCUAUGGAGCUGAAGGGCUGAUCCGUGCUUUUGACUUUACUGGCGACUACGCCUAUAGGACGCCCAGUGUCCAAGGGGGGUUCCAGGCCGCCGGCAUCGCUGUCUCCUUGGCCAUGGCCUUGGUAGGAGGAGCCAUUGUAGGUGCCAUUUUGAAAUUGCCCUUCUUUGGCGCUCCCACAGACGAAAACUGCUUCGACGACGACGUCUAUUGGGAGGUGCUCGAAGAUGAGGAGCCCAGCCUGUAUUCUAUGCAGGAUUCCACCGGCAAGUCUGUGACCAGCCCCUAA